CUGGGUAUCUGCUGUCCACAUCAACAAGCCUCAAUUUUGGAUGCACUUUGGCAAACUGUCGCUCAUGUCAGUUGUUUCAUUUAACGAGACGUAUCACGCGUUAUCCGCGAUAACCAGUACAUAACUAGCAAGCCCAGAAGGUUCCGUAGGAAUAGGUUAGAUGACAACGCCUGCUAAACUCAACAACUAUAGUUUUUUUAUUCUUUCUCAUACCAGGCAAGUGCAAACAGACUGUCAUUUUUUUUAAUCGCUGGCUGCUGCUCAAUAAACUACAACCGAGCUAGCAAGGACUCAGUCGGUUUUUUCGCCUGCGCUAACGUUAGCCAACUUUUGUUGUUGUUUUUCCCGCAGCAGUACUGGCGACAAGAUAUUCCUCAAACAGUCUUUUGUUUAAUUUUUUGGGCCUACUUGCCGAAUUUUCCACACACACAAAAAAAACCCGUACACCUAAACAAGACAACUUUGCUAGCAGAUUGGUUUCAUAUUAAUAAUUUUGUCCGUCAGGAAGUGUUAGCGUCGACUAGCCGGUUAAAUCGCCAAGCCCUUAAUCAUUUUUUUAAGUGAUCUACAAGGAAGAGACCAGUUUCGCUUUUUACAGACUGCUUCUUUUAUUCGGGACCUUUAACUUUUAAAAAGAUCAACCGAUAACCUGCAGGAGCGAGUCUUAACCGUGACCUGUUAAGACAUUAACCGGCAGAAAACAGCAAAGCAUCUUGGUGUUCAGAGAGAGGAAAGACCUUUGCUACAGUCACGGAAUCCCUCACUGGAUUGUUCUAUUAUUAUUUGUGUUAUUGUUGAAAAUGGCGGCGAUCGGAAUGGUGCAGAUGUUGAUCGAAGCAGCCGAAUACCUGGAUCGCAGGGAACGAGAAGCCGAGCAUGGUUAUGCCUCCAUGCCACCUUUCAUCAGCAGUCAGGAGAAAGAAAGCCUGAAAAAGAAAAACAAAAGCAAGAAAAACACAAGUAGCAGGUCUACACACAAUGAAAUGGAAAAGAACAGACGAGCACAUCUACGAUUGUGUUUAGAGCGCUUGAAGUCCCUCGUUCCUUUGGGACCAGAUGCCAACAGGCACACCACCCUCAGUCUGCUGAUGAAGGCUAAAAAUCAUAUCAAGAGGUUAGAGGAGAGCGAAAGGAAAUCUCAGCACACCUUGGAGCAGCUACAGCGCGAGCAGAGACACCUGCAGAGGCGUCUGGAGCAGCUGGGGGUGGAGAGGACCCGUAUGGACAGUACCGGCUCCACUCAGUCCUCUGAUAAAUCCGACUCUGAUCAGGAGGACCUGGACGUGGACGUUGAGGGGACAGACUACCUGCUGGGCGACCUGGAGUGGAGCACCAGCAGCGUGAGCGACUCGGGGGACGAGCGAGGCAGCCUGCGCAGCAGCUGCAGCGACGAGGGCUACUCCAGCGCCAGCCUGCAGCGCCUGCACGACACUCAGGAGAGGGCCAAGCAGCUGGGCUGCAGCCUAUAAACAGCCCCAUCACUCACCCAGCCCUCCCCUCAGUCCAUCCCAGCCCAAGAUUGUUCCACCACUCCUCCCAGCUCAGACCUCACCUCCCCCUCUCCUCCCUCCCUGUAAAGACUGACCAAGUUAAGAGGCCUCCCCUCCAGCAAGGUGGGCUUUCUGUCCACAGACUGCAACACCUCUGAGACGCCCGCCCACAUCAGCCCUCGACCAACGCUCAGUCUUACGGGUGUCACGUCCCCCGCUCUGCUACGCGCCAAUCAAGCGAGUGGGAUUUUAAAGACACUCCAUCCCCCCCCCCCCCC